AUGCUGGAGUCGACCUGCAGGGCCUUCUUCGACCUGCAAGGAGUCCAGCUCCGUCCCGCCCCGGAUGCAGUCAUGACGACCCACUGUGCUCGAGUGGUAGAGAGCGCACCCGCACAGAACAGAUCCGAAGCGGUAGAGGGACAGAUAGACGUACCUGCCGCAAACCGGGACGCAAAUCCAAGAGUUGGGUUUAUUUCAUAUUCCCGCCGACCUGCACCGAGGGAUGCAGUACUCAGUGGCCCGACAUCAAGGGCAGCCACUGCUGACGAGCGUGAUAGGUCUGGAGAUAGGCAGCACAGGUUUGCUGAUCGGGUUAGGAUGCCGCAGGAACGCGAAGCACGGACGGAGACCGACUUGGCAAGCGUAGCAGAUGAAGGCGAGGAGGGUGUAGAAGAUCCACAGCUGCCAAGUCAGGUCGAACAGGCAGAGGAGCACUGGAGGAAGGUGGCUGAUGAAAAGCGGAUGGUCGAAGCAGAAGCCAAGAGUAGACGGGCUGAAGAGAUGCAGCGGCGCAGUGAUGGCGGCACCGAUCCUACCGUCUCUUUCCCGGGAACUGGAGACAUACGUGAUGCAUGGGAGCGUGGGGCACGAGCCGCUGCAAGGGCACACGUGGGAGAGGCAGGAGAGGAGCUCGCCAGCAAUGUGCGGCAGCAUAUCGAGGAGGAUAGGGGAUACGUGAAAGUUCGCUUGCCCAGCCUAAAGCGGAAGGCGGCAGAAGAGGCCCGGAGAGGGGACGUCGACGUGCCAGAGAAUUCGGGAGAGGCGAAAAAGAAGGAGGAGAGCAACGCGGGUGCUAAGGCUCAUAAGAUGGUGGAGGUAGAGGCGCACCAGAAUGCAGAGGAUGCGGCCCAUCGGUUCGUCGAUGCAGAGGCGGUACUUACGGCAGAGGACGGGGCGCCAAAGGAAGCAGAGUCUGCGGCGCAGCAGAAGGUGGGUGCAGAGGCGGUCAAGGGUGCGGAGGCAGUCGCGCGUAAAGAAGCGGGUGCAGCAGCAGAGCUGACGUCGGAGGCAGUCGAGCUGAUGGUUGUGGAGGCAGUGGCGCAGAAGGAAUCAGAGGCAAUGGCGAGCCAGAAGGAUGAGGCAGCGGCGCAGCAGAAUGAUGAGGCAGACGCACAUAAGGAAUCAGCGGCAGCAGCGCAGCAGAAGGAUGAGGGUGCGGCGCCCAGGAUGGUUGAGGCAGAGGCGCAGAAGGAAUCAGAGGCAGCGGCGCAGCAGAAGGAGGAGGGUGCGGCGCCGAAGAUGGUUGAGGCAGAGGCGCAGAAGGCAUCAGAGGCAGCGGCGCUGCAGAAGGAGGAGGGUGCGGCGCCGAAGAUGGUUGAGGCAGAGGCGCAGAAGGCAUCAGAGGCAGCGGCGCUGCAGAAGGAGGAGGGUGCGGCGCCGAAGAUGGUUGAGGCAGAGGCGCAGAAGGCAUCAGAGGCAGCGGCGCUGCAGAAGGAGGAGGGUGCGGCGUCGAACAUGGUUGAGGCAGAGGCGCAGAAGGAAUCAGAGGCAGCGGCGAGGGAGAAGGAUAAGGCAGCGGCGCUGCAUAUGGAGGAGGCAGACGCACAUAAGGAAGGAGAGGCUCGGAAUAAGGCAGAAGCAGCGGCGCGGCAGAAGGCGGAGGCAGAGGAGCAGAAACAGGCUGCGGAAGAGGCACUACAACUGGCUCGGGCUGAAGCGCGGAAGAAGGCUGUUGUAGAGGCGCAGAAGAAGGCGGAGGGUGUUGCGCAGAAGAUGUCAGAGGCCGAGGAGCAGAAGCAGGCUGAGGCAGACGCACGAAGGAAGCCAGAUGGAGAGGACGGUUCAGAUGGGAAUAAAAUGGUACAGACAGAGGGACGGGAGACGGCGGGUGCUGAGGGGCACAUCAUCGCAGAGGAAGAGGGGCAGCAUAACGAGGAGGCAGCGUCGCAGGUAUUCGCAUACCGAGAGACGCAGAGCAUGGCAGAGACAGGGCGUCAAAAUACUAUGGAGGAGGUUCGUGUCGUCCCGGAGGCUGGAGUGGGGCACUACGAGGGAGAUGCGCUGGAAACAGAAGAGGAGCAGAAUGAGGAGGAUACGGUACAUCCGGCAGUACGGAUAUUUUUGGGAGGAAGUCCGACGCGGGGACCAGGAACCGGGGUAGAGGGGCCAUGGAGGGUGGCAGACGAUGGGGCGCCUAGGGAUACAGUGGGUCUCAACAGGCAGAGGCGGCCCACCCUUCACCAGAGAGCAGUGGAGAGGAAUCUCGGCCAAGGCGGGGUGGCAGAAGCGUUUUGGCAGGUAGAGUGGGUCGAGGCAGAGACGGCAAUUCGGCGGAUGCUGCAUCGGACGAGUACAGUCCUGGUCGAACAAGGUGACAGGUUCGUCGAGGCCGAAAGCUGGGACAUAAGCCCGGCAGAGGUAACGCGUCGUCUGACGCUCUUAGCCCGAAUGGUGACGCAGACGUUCUGCAACUUGGCGGCCCGCAACAGCAGCAUCAGUCGCGACGUGGCCGAUCUGACCGUCCAUUACUGUCGCGACGCCCUGGCCAACCUGGAAGAAGUCCGCCAUGGAAACGAGGAACGGCGGCGCCAAGCUGAAACGGCGGCCAGGUUUCGCGAGGAGGUGGACACGAGACUCUCCAACUUGCAGGAGAGUAUCGUAAGGGUGAGUGAUCAGGUUCGCCAGUCGGGAGGGGGGAUGGCGGAGGGCACGUUAAAGGGGGUGGAAGAGAGGUUGAGAGAGGUUCUGAGAGAAGAGUCUGAGCGGCGGAACAGGGAUAGACUGCAGGACGAGGAGCGGAGGCAGAAGGCCAUGAGGAAGGAAGCAGACGCCGCAGAGAGACGGAAGAAGGAACAACAGCAGGAGGAAGCGCGUCGGCAGAAGGAGAUGAGAGAGGGAAUGAAGGAGAUGAAGGAGGCGAUGAUGAAGGAGAUGAAGGCAGAAAUGAAGGAGAUGAAGGAUGGGAUGGUAAACCAGAUUGUGGGGAGGUUGAGCGCGGUUUUGCGAGAAGAAUCCGAGCGGCAGAAGAAGGAGAGGCAAGUGGACGCGGAGCGGCGACAACAGCAGGACGCGAAGAGGAAACAAGUGGCGGACGACGAGGAGAGACGCAAGAGGAUACAACUGGACGAGCAAUGGCGGAAGGAGGAGGAGGUGAAGAGGAAGGACGUAGAGGCCACAGAGCGGCGGAGGAAGAACAAACAUCAGGAGGAAGAGCGACGGCAGAAGGAGGUGGAGGCGGGAAUGAAGGAAGUGAUGGAGGCUGUGAAGGAGAUGAAGACGGGGAUUACGGGGUGGAAGGAGGGGAUGCUAAGUGAGGUGGAAAAGCGGCUGUCAAUGGUUCUGAGAUUGGACGCAGAGCGGCGGCAAAAGGAGGAGCAGGGUAGGAAGGCAACGGAGGGAGAUCGGCGACAGAAGGAGGAUGCGCAGAGGAAGGAGGCAGAGGAAGCAGAGCGGGUGGAGAGGGAGAAACAGCAAGAGAUGGCGCUCCUGCAGAAGGAGGAGGCGCAGCGGAAAGAUGCGGAGGAGGCCGAGAGGCAGGAGAGGGAGAAACAGCAGGAGAUGGCGCGCCUGCAGGAGGAGGACAGGCAGAGGAAGGAGGCAGAGGAGGUAGAGCGGCGUCAGAGGGCGAAACAGCAGGAAUUGGAGCGCCUGCAGAAGGAGGAGACGCAGAAGAAGGAGGCAGAGGAGGCCGAGCGGCAGCAGCGGGCGAAACAGCAGGAGAUGGAGCGCCUGCAGAAGGAGGAAGCGCAGAAGAAGGAGGUAGAGGAGGCCGAGCGGCAGCAGAGGGCGAAACAGCAGGAGAUGGAGCGCCUGCAGAAGGAGGAAGCGCAGAAGAAGGAGGCAGAGGAGGCCGAGCGGCAGCAGAGAGCGAAACAGCAGGAGAUGGAGCGCCUGCAGAAGGAGGAAGCGCAGAAGAAGGAGGCAGAGGAGGCCGAGCGGCAGCAGAGGGCGAAACAGCAGGAGAUGGAGCGCCUGCAGAAGGAGGAAGCGCAGAAGGAGGCAGAGGAGGCGGAGCGGCAGCAGAGGGCGAAACAGCAGGAGAUGGAGCGCCUGCAGAAGGAGGAAGCGCAGAAGAAGGAGGCAGAGGAGGCGGAGCGGCAGCAGAGGGCGAAACAGCAGGAGAUGGAGCGCCUGCAGAAGGCGGAGCAAUGCCGAGCAGAGAAGAGGGCCAGACUUGCAUCCUACGCGGAACAGCAGCGGCAACUGGAGGCAAAGGCAAAGGCGAUGGCUGAAGAGACGGAACGAUUGGCAAGGGAGAUGGAAGAGGAGGAUUUGACCAUGCAGGGGGAGGGGACCUGGACAGGAGUCGAGGAGGAUUUGACCAUGCAGGGGGAGGGGACCUGGACAGGAGUCGAGGAGGAAAUAGUUGAGGGGUUGGGGACUUUGCUGUUGAUUGAGAGCGGGGAGGCGAAUGUAGCAGAGGGCGUGCCUAGUGUUCCUGUACGGAAUGUAGAGGUGUCCAGGAGGCGGCCUAGACAAGAGGACAGGGAGCCGGAGGGUCAUGCGGCUAAGAGACGGCGUGCAGCUGGAAUACAGGAGUUGAUACCCAUAAUCCAAGGGGAAAAGAAAGGGAUGAAGAUCGACAAGUGUGACAACAGGAAAAACGCCGUAGUGGACGACAAGGGUAAGACUUUGGGUGUCUGCCUGCCGUUCAGGGGAAGCGGGUUCUCUCAACGGGGCGAGGGAGCUUUGCAGAAGUGGACGUCUGAGCAGACCGUCGGCGGCCGGAAGCGGAACCUCGGCUCUCACAAAACGGUGUGGGAGAGGGCAUACACGGUCGCAGUCUGCUGGAAGUUCUACUUCCCGGAUAUUGACAUGCAGGCAUACGGCAUGAAUCCAAACCGUAUAAACAAGUGGCGGGAAGACCUCGACUUCACAACGUGGCUUCCAACAGGGGUGUGGAGCGUCAUCAACGAACUCCACCUGGACAAACCGGACGGAUUCUCACUCGUUCAAACCAACACGGCUCUUCGGCAGCAGCAGGGGGAUGGCUUUCAGGUAGCUGCCUGCGCUGGUGUCGGAAUAACUGCGUGGCAGAAGAUGGUGGGAGGCGUGGAGGGUGAAAACGGCUAUUCGACGGAAGAACACGCAAUCGGACUUGCCGCCACGUUGUCUGUAAUGUGGGCCGCAUCCACGAAUGUGGACCAGACCCAGUGGGAGACGGGCGCAACAACAGCUGCACGUGGAACUUCUACGGCCAUAGCAUCUUCUGCUGCCAGAUCGUCCACUGCUGCCACCGCCUCGUCGGAUGCCUCGUCAUCUUCUGCGGCCGAUGUGCCCUCUGCCGUCCACAAUGCCCUUGCGACGCUUGCAGCCUCGGUUGCUUGCGUUGCGGUUGAGGCGAUGAGGUCGGUAAAGGAUCAGGAGCAUGACAAGGAAGCGUGGAUUCUGCCCCUGUCGGAUGCGCUGCUGAAAGCGCUUCCGGCAGAGUCGCGAGCGGCCGAGGAUGCGAAGCGGAUGACGAGGGUGGUGGCAAAGGUGGUGACCUCUUGGUGCCUAUGCAGCAUGGCAUCAAGAGGCCUUCGCCAGCACCAGGGCGUCUGGCUCGGAGUCCUGCAGAAGAAGUUGGGCGGCCGGGAUACCACAACAGGGGCGGAUAAGGAGAAGAAAACCAAGAAAUCGUCCGCGAAGGGGAACGCGACGAAGGAUGCGUCGACGGAGGAGAACACCGGCACUGGCGGCCAGGAUUGA